AGACACUCGGCCUCCAUGGCCCAGCUCGGACCUCAGGAGGAGGGGUUGGAAGUUGGCAGGGGAGGAAGGCACAGUCACCGCGGGGCGCCCAGAGGGGGGGCAGGGACGCCGCGGGCGGGGCCAGGUCACGUGAUAACCGGGGCCCGCCCGCCCCCCCACGUGGGCCGGGAGGUGCGGCUACCCCCAGGCCCCGCCAGAGCUGCGACUGGCCCCGUCGCCCCCUGGGCCCUUUGCCACUCCCUCGGGAAGGAGAGCCGAGCCCUUAGUUCCCGGCGGCCCUUGCAGGGCACAGGUGAGCCCUGGCUGCGCGCGCGGCCCCCCUCCCCGGCGCCUCCCAGCCAGGAGCCCAGCCCCUACGAUGAAAGCGAAGUGCACCACUCCUUCCACCAGCUCAUCCAAGAACAGAGCCAGUGGGCGGCCCAGGAGGGGCUGGAGCUGCAGCAGAGAGAGCAGGAGGCCACAGGCAGUGGUCAGCAGACGCUCCGGCGGCCCGAGGGCACCCAGAGCACGGCCACACUCCGCAUCCUGGCCAGCAUGCCCAGCCGCACCAUUGGCCGCAGCCGAGGCGCCAUCAUCUCCCAGUACUACAGCCGGACGGUGCAGCUUCGGCGCAGGAGCAGCCGGCCCCUGCUCGGGAGCUUCGUCCUCUCUGCCCGGCCCAGCCUCCGCCUGUACGACCUGGAGCUGGACCCCACAGCCCGGGAGGAGGAGGAGAAGCAGAGCCUCCUGGUGAAGGAGCUCCAGAGCCUGGCGGUGGCACAGCGGGACCACAUGCUUCGAGGGAUGCCCUUAAGCCUGGCUGAGAAACGCAGCCUGCGAGAGAAGAGCAGGACCCCGAGGGGGAAGUGGAGGGGCCAGCGGGGCAGCGGCGGGGUCUGCUCCUGCUGUGGCCGGCUCAGAUAUGCCUGCGUGCUGGCCUUGCACAGCCUGGGGCUGGCGCUGCUCUCCGGCCUGCAGGCCCUGACGCCAUGGCGCUAUGCUCUGAAGCGCAUCGGUGGCCAGUUCGGCUCCAGCGUGCUCUCCUACUUCCUCUUCCUCAAGACCCUGCUGGCUUUCAACGCCCUCCUGCUGCUGCUGCUGGUGGCCUUCAUCAUGGGCCCGCAGGUCGCCUUCCCGCCUGCCCUGCCGGGCCCUGCCCCCAUCUGCACAGGCCUGGAGCUCCUCACAGGCGCGGGUUGCUUCACCCACACCGUCAUGUUCUACGGCCACUACAGUAAUGCCACGCUGAACCAGCCGUGUGGCAGCCCCCUGGACGGCAGCCAGUGCACACCCAGGGCGGGCGGCCUGCCUUACAACAUGCCCCUGGCCUACCUCUACACUGUGGGCGCAGGCUUCUUCAUCAGCUGCAUCACCCUGGUGUACAGCAUGGCUCACUCUUUCGGGGAGAGCUACCGGGUGGGGAGCACCUCUGGCAUCCACGCCAUCACCGUCUUCUGCUCCUGGGACUACAAGGUGACGCAGAAGCGGGCCUCCCGCCUCCAGCAGGACAAUAUCCGCACCCGGCUGAAGGAGCUGCUGGCCGAGUGGCAGCUGCGGCAGAGCCCCAGGAGCGUGUGCGGGAGGCUGCGGCAGGCGGCUGCGCUGGGGCUUGCAUGGCUGCUGUGUCUGGGGACCGCGCUGGGCUGCGCUGUGGCCAUCCACGUCUUCUCAGAGUUCUUGAUCCAGAGUCCGGAGGCUGCUGGCCAGGAGGCUUCGCUGCUGGUCCUGCCCCUGGUGGUUGGCCUCCUCAACCUGGGGGCCCCCUACCUGUGCCGUGUUCUGGCCGCCCUGGAGCCACAUGACUCCCCGGUACUGGAGGUGUACGUGGCCAUCUGCAGGAACCUCAUCCUCAAGCUGGCCAUCCUGGGGACACUGUGCUACCACUGGCUGGGCCGCAGGGUGGCUGUCCUGCAGAGUCAGUGCUGGGAGGACUUCGUGGGCCAGGAGCUGUACCGGUUUCUGGUGAUGGACUUCGUCCUCAUGCUUCUGGACACGCUUUUUGGGGAACUGGUGUGGAGGAUUAUCUCCGAGAAGAAGCUGAAGAGGAGGCGGAAGCCGGAGUUUGACAUCGCCCGGAAUGUCCUGGAGCUGAUUUACGGGCAGACUCUGACCUGGCUGGGGGUGCUCUUCUCACCCCUCCUCCCCGCCGUGCAGAUCAUCAAGCUGCUGCUCGUCUUCUACGUCAAGAAGACCAGCCUUCUGGCCAACUGCCAGGCGCCGCGCCGGCCCUGGCUGGCCUCACACAUGAGCACGGUCUUCCUCACGCUGCUCUGCUUCCCCGCCUUCCUGGGCGCUGCCAUCUUCCUCUGCUACGCAGUCUGGCAGGUGAAGCCCUCGAGCACCUGUGGCCCCUUCCGGACCCUGGACAGCAUGUACGAGGCCGGCAGGGUGUGGGUGCGCUACCUGGAGGCGGCGGGCCCCAGGGUCUCCUGGCUGCCCUGGGUGCACCGGUACCUGGUGGAAAACACCUUCUUCGUCUUCCUGGUGUCGGCCCUGCUGCUGGCCGUGAUCUACCUCAACAUCCAGGUGGUGCGGGGCCAGCGGAGGGUCAUCUGCCUGCUCAAGGAGCAGAUCAGCAACGCUUGCAUCCUGCUGCUGGGCUCUGCCCUCCCCCCAGGGUUCCCCGUCCCCUCCCAUUGCGGUUUGUCCUCCUGCAGGUUUUUACUCUGGGGCUGGUGAGUGCCAGUGUCCUUAGGCGUGCUCCACACCAGGGCUAGGGGGGUGCUUGUCGGGAUCAGCGGCUUGUGUCUGCCAAGGCGAGGGCAUGGUGGGGCGCAGCCAGUGGGCCUCAGCAGCCAUGUGACCCUGCUGCUGGAUAGUUGGUGCCAGGAGCCAGGGCUCCAGGCAGCUCGUCCCAGCUCGUCCCAAGCGCUCAUGGGACGGCUCCCAUGUUGCUUGGGUUGUAAACACUGCAGUACACACUGUCCCAUCUCCUGCCUUUCCCGUUUCACCACACAGAGCUGAAAGCCGGGCUUCCUGGCUGCACUGGUUGUCUGGCCGUCUGGCCAUAGAUACUGGAAGUGGGAAGUGGCUCCUGCCCUACUGGGUGGCAUUUCAGAGCCCCCAGGGGCCAGGUAGGGCCAGGUGGGUCCGGGCAGGGAAUGCAGAGUGGUGCUGGCAGAAUCCCAGCUCUACCCACUGUUGCUCUGGGAUGGGAAGGACCUUUCUCCAGGGGGAUGCUGGCUGUAGUGUCUACCCAAGGCGGAGCUCUGACCCCAGGCUUUGGGGCCGUCGGCCUGAGCUUUCCCCGAGCAGGUCGGCAUGGCUCAAGCACACGGCCCCUCCACACUCAUCAGCAACUCGAUAGAAGCAACUUAGUUUGUUGCAUAAGGGCCCAUGGCCUCUUCUUAAAGGUAUUCUAAGUGACCCUCCUAGGCCGAGCCAGGUUGCCAGGUGCCCAGAGCCAAUCUGUGUGGCUCUUGACAGAACUCCUGUUCUCUUUGCGAAGGUUCCUGGCAGGGAAUCCCGGUCUGACCCAAGCACUGAUGCUCGGUUUCUGUGCGCCCGGUCCUUUGCUAAGUGCCCCCUCUGCUUGUCACAUUUCAUUGUCGAAAGAGCCCUGGGUCAGUCCAGUACUGGCCCCAAAGAUGUCCCCAUCCUAAGACUGUAUGAAGCCUGCAAGUAUGUUGUGUGGCUGGGGGAAGUAAGGUUGAAGGUAGCUGGCUUGGGAUAGGAGAUGGCCCCGGAUUAUCAUGGUGACCCAGCAUGAUCUCAGGGUCCUUCGAGGUGAAAAACGGAGGCUGGAGUGUCAGGGUCAGAGUGGCGCCACGUGAGCGGAACUUGAGCGGCCACUGCUGGCUUUGAAGUGGAGGAAAGGGCUGAGAGCCAAGGAGUCUGGGGGACUCUAGAAGCUGGAAAAGACGAGGAAGGGGACUCUCCCCCGAAGCCUCCAGGAGGAGCGUAACCCUGACGAUGCCUGAUUGGAGCCCAGUGAGACUCAUUUUGGACUUCUCACCUCCAGAACUGAAAGUUGAGAAACUGGCGGUGUUUAAGCCACGAAGUUGACAGCUCUUUACAGCGGCAGCAGGAAACUCACGUAAACCCUGUGCCUUGUGUUAUUAUCCCCCUUUCCAGAUGCUGCCACUGAGGUCAGAGAGUUAGUAACCCAAGGCAGAGCCAGUAAGUGGCAGGGCCGGUUUUACAUUGAGUCAGGCCGGCUCUGGGCUGCUGAUUAUAUUUCCCUUUAUACUUUGGCCACUAGGAAGCUUAGAUCUACAUAUAUGCCCACUUCCUGGCUCUUGGUUUUUCCUUGUCCUUGUUUGGUGGCCCUUUCACCUUUUACUUUUUCUUUUACCUUUUUGCUGCUUGUGAUGUUGAAUGCACCUUGUGAGUUUUCCCUCAAAUGCACUUUGGAACAGGCUGGCUCUGGAUGGGCUGAUGGAUGACUUCUCCCCUUUGUGUUCUGGCUU